UGACAUCCCAUUGGACCAUCUUUGGUUAAAUAUUAUGAAACAUGAAACAUCAACUGAUACUGAAGGAGAAACAACUGUGCAGCAGAAAGAAAUUUCUUGUACUUUUAUGAGAAGCAGGAGCAGUGCAGAGUUCACUGAGAUCCAGAGUCUUCAGUCAUCCCAUGGGAAGCACCAGGAUUCUGAAUGGAACAAAGUUCUUCCUCAUAAAAUGUUGGUCACAAAACAAGACCUGCUGCAGCAUGGAACCACAUGCAAGAAAUGUAAUGAGAGGGCAGUCAAGAAAACUGAACUAGAAAUGCAUGUGCAAACUAAAGAGGAAACAUCAUGCAGCUGGCUUAAUCACAGCAACAGUGUAACAUUUCAUGGCAACGACUUAUCUGAUCCAUUAAGUCACAGUGGGAAAAUACUGAAGAAUGCUUUGGCAGCACAUGAGCAGCUGUGUAAAAGAGAGAACCUAAAUCCAUGUGGCACGCAUGACACUGGUUUUAUAGAGAGAAAAAAAUGGAACAGUAUCAUGGUGCCACAUCAGAAUAUCUGCACUGGGCAGAAACCUUGUAGCUGUACUAAGUGUGACAAGAAUUGUAGAUGCCAAAACGCUGUGGCAGCACUGCAGGGUAUCAGUAAAGAGGAGAAACCAUAUAGAAUUUGUGGCAAGGGUUUUGGACACAAGAGUCAAUUGGUGGGACAUUCCUAUAUCCACAUUGAUCAUAAACCCUAUGAAUGUGCCACAUGUGGCAAGAGUUUCCAUCAAAAAAACAACAUGAUGAAACAUCAGAGGAUCCACACUCAAGACAAACCCUAUAAAUGUACACAGUGUGACAAGAGCUUUACUUACAAGUCUUCAAUGGUAACACAUAAGUAUAUCCAUACCGGACAAAAACCAUAUAAAUGCAACAUGUGUGACAAGAACUUCAGACAGAAGAUUCACCUGGUCAAUCAUCAGUCUACGCACAGUGCCCAGAAACUUCAUAAAUGCACUACCUGUGACAAGAGCUUUAGACAGAAAACCACUCUGAUAAGUCAUCAGUACAGCCAUGUUGGGGAGAAACCAUUUAAAUGCAAAGUCUGUGGUAAGGGUUUUGCAUGGAGGGAAAACAUGGUAAGACAUCAGAGCAUUCACACUGAGCAGAAGCUCAGAUUUGGAGAAAUGAUAAAAGAGCAGAAGCCUUGCAACUGUGCCUGGUGCGACAAAAGUUUUGGAUGCAAGAGUUACUUGGUGAGGCAUGAGCAGAUGGGGAGUCAUCAUGGUAUUUACACUGGGCAAAAACCAUACAGAUGCACAAUAUGUGAUAAGACCUUCAGGUGUGCACGGGCUGUGAAGAGGCAUCAGAGUGUCCACACUGGGCAGAAACAGUAUACGUGCACCAUCUGUGAUAAAACCUUUAGACUGAAGUCUCACUUGAUAACCCAUGAGAGUCUGCACACGGGAAAGAAACCCUAUAAAUGUACCUUAUGUGAUAAAUCAUUUAGAUUAAAACAUUCAAUGAUUACCCAUCAGAGUGUCCACUCUGAGCAGAAACCGUAUACAUGCACCACAUGUAAUAAGGGUUUUGUCUAUAAGUCAAGUCUAGCAGUGCAUCAGAGUGUGCACACGGGGCAGAAACCCUAUAAAUGCACCAUCUGUGAUAAAACAUUUAGACUGAAGUGUAAUUUUGCAAACCAUCAGAGUGUGCACAUGGAUCAGAAACCCUAUAAAUGUACCAUCUGUGAUAAAACGUUUGGACACAGAAAUUCAUUGAUUGGUCAUCAGACUGUCCACACUGGGGAGAAACCAUAUAGAUGCACCAUAUGUGAUAAGACCUUCACGCAGGCAGGGACUAUGAUGAGGCAUCAGCGUGAACACAUGGGGCAGAAACCCUAUAAAUGCACCAUCUGUGAUAAAACUUUCAAACAGAAAGGUAGCUUGGUAAUCCAUCAGAGAGUACACACUGGGCAAAAAAAUACAAAAAAUGAGAAGACUAAGAGGAAAAGUAGAAAAAGAGAUGAGUAAUGGAGAAGUCAAAGAAAU